GGCGAUAUCGCCUGGGUGCUCACCUCGACCGCACUGGUUUUCCUGAUGUGUCCCGGUCUCGGUCUGUUCUACGCAGGCAUGGCCCGCAUGAAGCAUUCACUUUCACUGAUGAUGCUCUCGGUCCUCGCCGUCGCCAUGAUCUCGAUCCAAUGGUACCUCUGGGGAUUCUCCCUGACCUUCUCAACAACGGGUGGACCCUUUAUUGGAAACUUUGACCAUAUCGUUGGGCGUAACAUCGGAUGGGAGCCUCACCCAAGUGCACCGCAUAUUCCUUCAAGCGCCUUCUUCCUGUUUCAACUCAUGUUCGCGGCAAUCACCCCUGCAUUGGCGUACGGAGCCUCGGCCGAGCGUAUGAGGAUCAUGCCAUCGAUCUUGUUCUUGUUCAUCUGGAGCACGCUCGUCUAUGAUGUGAUCACCUAUUGGGUUUGGGGACCCAAUGGAUGGUUGACGGUCAUGGGAAUCAUGGAUUAUGCCGGUGGUACGCCUGUGCAUAUCAGCUCUGGAUCGGCCGCGGUUGCGUACGCGAUGGUCUUGGGCAAGCGCAAGGACUAUAACCAUCCGUCGACUGUUCCACAUAACGUUGCCUUCGUCUUCAUCGGAACAGCCUUGCUCUGGUUCGGAUGGUUCGGAUUCAAUGGCGGAAGUGCUUUGGCCGCGAACGCGAGGGGUAUCCAGACUAUCAUCAACUCGCACUUGAGCGCCUGUGUUGGAGGAUUGGUUUGGGUGAUGUUGGACUACCGCCACAACAAGAAGUUGACGCUGAUCGGAUUCUGCACAGGGGCUGUUGCUGGUCUGGCGACGAUCACCCCUGGAGCGGGAUUUGUUACGAGCUCGAGCUCGCUCGUCUUUGGAUUGGUCGGCGCUGGCGUCUGCAACGUCUGCGUGUCCUGGAAGUCUAAGUACCAUUUUGAUGAUGCCCUGGAUGUCUUUGCUGUGCAUUACGUCGGUGGUUUGAUUGGGCUUAUCUUAACUGGAAUCUUUGCUCAGCAAUCCAUCAUUGGUCUUUCUUAUCCCAUUGGUGCUACGGAUGUGCCGAUCGGAGGUUGGCUCGACGGUAACUAUCACCAAGUUCUGGUCCAACUUUACGCCAUCGUCUCAGUCACUGCCUGGUCCUUCGUUGUCACCUACGGCGUCCUUUACCUCAUGAACAAGAUUCCCGGUCUGCGUCUUCGUCUCGAGGACCAUGAGGAAGAACUCGGUACUGAUAUGGCCCAGAUGGGUGAGAGCGCCUAUGGUUUUCUGCCUUUG